AUGGAAGGAUCCCUGGGCCUGCUGUGGGCGGUAGAGAACAGCUGGAAGAACUGGUGUGAACUACUGAAUGAGGCAGACACCUUAGGUGUUAUUAACAUCAUCAUUAUCCUGGCUGGAGCAAUUGUACUCAUCAUUGGCUUUGGUAUUUCAGGCAAACACUUCAUCACUGUCAGGACGUCCACUUCGGCUGGAAACAUUGGAGAGGAUGGGAUCCUGAGCUGCACUUUCGAACCUGACAUCAAGCUCAACGGCAUCGUCAUCCAGUGGCUGAAAGAAGGUACCGUGGGCUUGGUUCAUGAGUUCAAAGAAGGCAAAGAUGAUUUCUCACAGCAGCACGCAAUGUUCAGAGGCCGGACAGCAGUGUUCACUGACCAAGUGGUGGUUGGCAAUGCUUCCCUGAGACUCAAAAACGUGCAACUCACAGACGCUGGCACCUACACGUGUUACAUCCGCACCUCAAAAGGCAAGGGGAAUGCAGACCUCGAGUAUAAGACUGGAGCCUUCAGUGUGCCAGAGAUAAAUGUGGACUAUAAUGCCAGUUCAGAGAGUUUGCGCUGUGAGGCUCCUCGGUGGUUUCCCCAGCCCACAGUGGCCUGGGCAUCUCAAAUUGACCAAGGAGCCAACUUCUCAGAAGUCUCCAACACCAGCUUUGAGUUGAACUCUGAGAAUGUGACCAUGAAGGUUGUAUCUGUGCUCUACAAUGUCACAAUCAACAACACAUACUCCUGUAUGAUCGAGAACAGCAUUGCCAAAGCCACAGGGGACAUCAAAGUGACAGAUUCGGAGGUCAAAAGGCGGAGUCAGCUGCAGCUGCUGAACUCAGGGCCUUCCCCACGUGUUUCUUCUGUCUUUUUGGUCGUCUGGCCACUCCUAGCUCCCUCCACUUACCUGAUGCUAAGAUGAGGGGCCUUAGCCACACAGAAGCAUGCCAAGUUACUGGUACAGCAGAAUCCCAGGAAUCUACAGAAAUAUUUUCCACAACAUAUGACCUAGUUUUGUAUUUCUGGGAGGAAAUGAAUUCAUGUCUAGAAGUCUGGAGUGAACAGACAGGAACAAGAUGAAAAAAAGAAAACAAAAGCAACCCACAGAUGCCUCCGAUAGGAACAAGAUGGACCUAGACAAUAAUUCAACUGAACUAGAGUGUGGUAAAAGUGCUAUUACGAUGUGUAGGGUGGGUGUUUUCCCAUGUCUCAGGGACCUCCCCUUACCCACCAGCUCCCGGGGAGUGAGAGGAUGGGUUAUAAUGUUGCUCUGAAAGUUCCUGGAUGGUUUUGAUCGCCAUAUACUCGUUUUAUAUUCAGAACAUUAAAUAUAGUAUACACUGUGAGAAGCAGCUAAUCAACCACCACUUCACAACUCAGAGGUGGCAGCAUCUGAGUGGCAGACCCAGUGAUUCACUUCUCAUUAGGAUGCUUUCAAAAGUGCUUUGGCUUCUCCUCCUACCUGACAAAUGCCAAAGAUGUAGGGAGGGUGAUCAUAAUUUCAGGGCAAACAAAAUAGUUAAGUGAGGCUGAUUUUCCAAAUAAUCUGAAUAACUUCUCUCUCGAGCAAACAAAUGCAACUUAUUUCUCAGAUGAUUUGUGAAUGGCCCAGGACAGGCACUCUCCUCAUCCUGCUGUGUGGCCUUAUGUCAUCACAAGGUUUGAAGUUUCUACUUUCUAUCCUGCUUGGAUAGCUGUGACCUCAGCUUCCAUCCUCUGAGCACCAGGAGUGAAGUGGGGUGAUUUUCCCUCUUCUUAUCUUUCAUGUGACAUUUGGCAAAGUAGAGAGACUAAUUGCCACAACUAAAGGAAGAGAGAGAGCAGGGUUACUGGUGUCUAGAGGAAAGAGCUCAGAGAUUAUGUUCAACAUCCUGCAACAGACAGGACAUGUCCCACUGAGAAAGACUUUAUCCAACUCCAAAUGCCAACCACAUCAAGGUUAGGAAAUUCUGAACUGGAUAGAAAAGAUCCAGAAAAAGGUGAGUGCAAGCAAGCCCAUUUGCUUCUGACAGUGGGCGUCGACUUCUGUCUCUGGCUACUGUUCAGAGAGCCAGAUCUCUGCAUUGUGUGACAUCCUUCAGUGAACAGUUGGCAAGCCAUGUGGGAGAUUCUCCCCGGGAUUACCUUCAGCUCACUGUACUGCUGCGGUCCACUCCCUUCGUUCUGUGCUACACAGGAAGUUUGCUUUAAAUGCUGCCUGAUUUCCAUUUCAAGUUGCCUGGCUCUGGCUUUUUAGAUCUCAUGAUCGUGUCUGGACAAAACACAAGUUAAGGCAACAAAAGCGGAUCUUCCUUGAAAUGCACAGAGACUUCUGGGUUUUGGGAAUUCUGUUUGUUUUUAGGGUGCUAGAGAUCAAACCACUGAGCUACACCCCAGCCCACACAGAUACUUCUGAAAGAAAAUGGGGUUAAUGGCCUUUGAAAUGAAGACUCGAGGAAUGAAGCUUGGAUGGACAGAACACGUUCUGCCAACCCCCUCCCCACGCUCAUGUGUUGACCACUGCCUCCCUGGACUUUGAAUCACGAUGUCUGUAUUUUGUU